AUGAUCUUGGAGAACCAUUCAAAAUAUGAUUGCUUUGUCAUGGUGCUGAUGAGCCAUGGUUGCACGCUGUACAAAGACAGAACCAACCUACCAGUUGAGAUCAGUGUCUGUCUCCUGGCUGGGCUCGUCCUCGUUGUCGUUGUUCUCUACGCCAGAGUAUAUGCCGAGGUAGUCUUAUGUAGGAAGCGUAGCUUUAUGCUCUCAAAAUUUUCGACCAAAAGUUCUGACUCAGGCAAAAUAAUGACAUCAUCGUCGUCAUUUCAAAAACAACAACAACAACAACUUCAAAUGAACGUGGACAAUCCUGACAAGGCACCCAAUGAAGUACAACUACAAAGCGUUCCUCACCACCUUGAUUCUCGCAGGAGCUCUCCUCCUCUUCGGCUGCCCUACCUCAUCAUCAGCUCCAUCAACACCAACUACGCCACAGAAUUUUUAUUCAAAUUGAAAUUUUUCGUCUUCGACAUCCUGCCCAUGUUGACGUACUUGAGUGACCCAAUCAUAUACGGCGUUCGUAUCAGGAGCGUGCGCCUCAGCUACAGGAGAGUGUAUGGACCAGUUAUGAUGAAAAUAUGCUGUGGGUGGAGAUUGUUCUGCUGCUGCAACAAAAAAGACGGCAGAAGAAAAUACGUCUCCCCUAAAAACGAACUCAAUAUGGUAAACGCUAACGAAAUGGCGAGAAAUGGGAAUGAAAUAAGCCUGAGGAUGACCAGCAUGCAAGAUCUCAGUGCUGGCCAGUGA